AUGGCUUCUCUUCAGGAUGCACUGCAAGGAUCUCUUGACCUUCCAUUUCCUGCUGGUACCAAACAGGUCGCUGGGAUUGUGGAAGGGGUCCAAACCGACGUCAUGGUCAUGAACUUUAAUGAUAAGAUCAUGCUCGCUAUUUCUCAAGAGGGCCGACUAUCUCAUUGGCUUCAUGUGCCCCUUGGAAAUCACAACCCAGGGACUGAUGGCAUGCAUACUUUCCCAGAAAGCACAGAGGACAGCCUGUUACCCCUCAGUACCCUGACAGCAACCUCAAUUCUUGGUGGACAUAGUCCUGGACAGGAUACAGUUGGCCAACUACUUGCCCGCCAAAUUGCAACCGCCAUUGCGACCAAGUCCCCUGCUGAGAAGCGGCUCUUGGUCGUUGGGUUGGGCCUCCGCACUGCAGCUUCAGACCGAGAUUCCUUCUUCGCCAUCAUCGACCUUGUUCUGCAAUGCAUCUAA